GUAAUAAACUGAAUUUUCUCUUAACAGUACACAAUGGGACGAGUUAUCAGGGGACAGAGAAAAGGUGCGGGCUCCGUCUUCAAAGCCCAUGUGAAGCACAGGAAAGGCGCUGCUAAACUCAGAGCUGUCGACUUUGCUGAGCGCAAUGGCUACAUCAAGGGGAUUGUAAAGGAUAUCAUUCACGAUCCAGGCCGUGGUGCUCCCCUGGCCAAGGUGGCUUUCCGUGAUCCCUACAGGUUCAAGAAGAGGACCGAGCUCUUCAUUGCUGCUGAGGGCAUUCACACUGGACAGUUUAUCUACUGUGGCAAGAAGGCUCAGCUGAAUAUUGGCAAUGUUCUUCCAGUUGGCACCAUGCCUGAAGGUACAAUUAUUUGCUGCCUGGAAGAGAAGCCCGGUGACCGUGGCAAGCUGGCCCGUGCCUCUGGGAACUACGCCACUGUCAUCUCUCACAACCCUGAAACUAAGAAAUCCCGUGUGAAGCUGCCAUCCGGGUCCAAGAAAGUAAUCUCCUCUGCCAACAGAGCUGUUGUUGGUGUUGUUGCUGGUGGUGGUCGUAUUGACAAACCAAUCCUGAAGGCGGGUCGAGCCUACCACAAAUAUAAGGCCAAGAGAAACUGCUGGCCACGUGUCCGUGGUGUGGCUAUGAAUCCUGUUGAACAUCCCUUCGGUGGUGGUAACCAUCAGCACAUUGGUAAACCCUCAACCAUCAGGAGGGACGCACCAGCUGGUCGUAAAGUCGGUCUCAUUGCUGCACGUCGUACUGGUAGACUACGUGGAACAAAGACCGUCUCAGACAAGGAAAACUGAGCUCCAGUACUUUCACAUAAUAAAAAUGU